AUGGGUUCGCAGAAGCGGGCGCUCGAUCCCGCAGGUACUGCGCCAGACGCGCGCAGCAACAAGCUUGCACGCGUCUCUGGGCUGUCUUCAAGCCAAGACAGAACUCCCGGUGGCUCACAAGCCUCGCACCGCAAUCUUGCGACUCCGCCUUCUUCGCAUUCCCAGUCUUCCUCGUUUCGAUUCCCGGCAUCGACCCAGGCUAUUGACGAUGAGGAAGCCGAGCUCAUUGAUCUUACGCAAGCCGAAGAGGGACCACCGUUGGAGUUGUACGGCACCCACGAUGCCAAAAUUGUAGGCGUACGCUACUACAAUGGUGUAGUGACGCCCCAUGAGCUCGUCGUCUGUAAGCGUGAGCCUCAGAAUCAGUAUGACGGCAACGCAAUACGCGUCGAUAAUGUCAUGGGACAGCAGAUCGGUCACGUUCCUCGGAAUCUGGCUGCAAAACUGGCACCUUACCUAGACGGCAAUGAAAUCGCCCUUGAAGGUGUCCUAACUGGUGAGAAGGGCUUCUAUGACUGCCCAAUACGCUUUUACUUUUACGGCACAAGCCUACCUGAAGCUCGCUUGACCCUUGAGGGCAAGUUGAAGUCCGACAAGCUUUUGAAGGCUACCGAGAUGAAGAACACUAGGAAAGAGGCAGAGGCUCGAAGAAAGGCCACUGGCAUGCGUAGCGGCAUGACUUCAGGAAGCGGCCUGAGCGGAACUGCUGCUGUGACUGCCCAGAAGCAGGAACAAGAGGCGUCGCUCAAGAACUUGGUUGCUACGAGCGAAACUUACGACGCAGUGCGGGAAGACUCCUUCACUGAUACACUGGCGACUGGGGAGGACGUUCUCAAGGCUAUGCCUAUGGCUGAACAGCCCGACACACUGAAGUCGCAGAUGCUGCCAUAUCAACUUCAGGGACUCGCGUGGAUGCUCGCCAAGGAGAAUGUCAAGCUCCCACCGGUAGGCUCCAAGGACAUUGUUCAGCUUUGGCAGCGUAGGACCUCGACUGCGUACAUCAAUCUUGCAACAAGCUUUGCCACAUCAUCACCCCCCAAGCUCAUCUCUGGCGGUAUCUUGGCAGAUGAUAUGGGACUUGGAAAGACUCUCCAGAUCAUCAGCCUUAUUGUCUCCGACGGUGUAGAGAAUGGCCCUACAUUGAUUGUAGCGCCUGUCAGUGUGCUGAGCAAUUGGGAGCAGCAGAUCAAGUCCCACGUGAAGAAUGACCAACAACCUCGAGUCCUCGUCUACCAUUCGUGCAAACCGAUGUCAGGCGAUGAACUACGCGAAUAUCAAGUGGUAAUAACCACUUACGGUAUGAUUGGCUCAGAGUCCAAGGCUGGCCAUACGGGGCGCCUCUAUGGGGUCGAAUGGCGUCGCAUUGUUCUCGACGAAGGUCAUACCAUCAGGAACCCCAAAGCUCAGCUUGCUCUGGCUACCCACAAGCUCAAAGCAAGAUCUCGCUGGAUCCUCACAGGUACACCCAUCAUCAACAAUGUCAAGGAUUUCUUUUCCCUACUUAGGUUCCUCAAGCUUACCGGAGGCCUCGAGGACGAAGGCUUAUUCUCCGCUGUCAUUGCCCGCCCUAUCAAGCAGAACUACAACCAACACCCAAGCAGAGUCAAGGCCGUCAAUUUGCUUGGACAUCUUAUGAAGGAUAUUUGCCUUCGCCGCAGGAAGGACAUGAAAUUCGUCAACCUCAACUUGCCCCCAAAGACGGAGUACAUCCACCGAGUCACAUUCGACAAGUCCGAGAAAACCAAGUACGAUGCCUUACUCGCUGAAGCUCAGGGUGAGCUGGAGCAGUACCAGGAAAAGUCGAAACACGGCCAAAAAGGUAGAUACACUAAUAUCUUGGAAAGGCUGUUGCGCUUACGGCAGGUUUGCAAUCAUUGGGUUUUGGCUCAGGAGCGUGUCGAAGAUCUUCUCAGACUCUUUGAAGAUCAGAAAAUCGUUCCCUUGACCGACGAGAAUAUUCCCAUUCUUCAAAGAGCCCUGCAGCUUAUGAUCGAGAGUCAAGAGGAGUGUGCGAUUUGUUUUGAGGACAUCGCCCUUCACCAACCUGUCAUUACAGCUUGCAAACACGUUUUUGGGAAACCUUGCAUUAUGAAAACCAUUGAGAUGCAGGGCAAAUGUCCCAUGUGUCGAAAUCAGCUCUCACCGGAAUCGUUGGUUGACGCGGCGACUGAAAGUAACAGCUUUGAAGCAGAUGAUGAGUGCAGAAGCUCAAAGACCGAUGCAUUGGUCAAGAUCCUCAACGCAACGCUUAAGAACGACGGCUCCAAGGUGGUCAUCUUUUCUCAGUGGACAUCGUUCCUCAACAUCAUACAAGCCAGACUCAAAAAAGCUGGGAUGACUUACACUCGUAUCGACGGCAGUAUGGUCAAGAAGAACCGUGAUGCAGCCAUCACCGCUCUCAAUGAAGACCCUGAUACACGAAUCCUGCUCGCGAGCUUGCAAGUGUGUAGCGUCGGUCUGAACCUUGUUGCCGCCGACACUGUCGUCUUGGCAGAUAGCUGGUGGGCCCCUGCGAUUGAAGACCAGGCAGUCGAUCGAGUGCAUCGACUUGGCCAAACCCGUCCGACUACUAUUUGGCGCCUGAUUGUCGAGGGUACUAUCGAGGAACGCGUCCUCGAUAUCCAAGCAGAGAAGAGAAAGCUGGUCAGUGAGGCUUUCCAGGAGAAGGCCAAGGGCGGCAGGGCCAAGGACACCCGCUCUUUGGCUGACAUCACGAGGCUACUACGUUGA